AUGCUGACCGAGAACCUCACGCAUAUCGCUGCCUGUGCACGGCCAUUCGACAAUCUCCGCCCCCCACCGAGCGGAGCUGAGUAUGCGCGUGACAACCGAACUCGCGCCGACAUCACCUUCAGCACAACAGACCUGUCAGGAGCAGGUAACGCCGGUAUUGUGGCUUCGGAUGCCGAUACGGGCAAGACCCCAUGUCCCUCGCUGCCCCAGGCGACCGGCGUCGCUCCAGUGAUGCCGACUACAGAUACAGCUCCGACAGACGCCCCAGUAGCACCGGCCGCGACGGAAGCUCCGGCUGCACUUGAGCCUCAAGUUGAGGCACCUGUAUCUACUGAAGCUCCGGUUGCAAUAGAGGACCCUGCAUUUACAGAAUCACCGGCAGCAACUGAGAUGCCGGUAGCAACCGAUGUGCCGACAGCCAAGACGCCGUGCCCGUCGCUUCCGCAGCCGUCACUUGCCAGCAGCUCUAGCACCGAAUUCAGCGAAAGCGGAGACAGCAGUAGCAGUGCCGGUAAGAGUCCAUGCCCUUCGCUUCAAACUGCAUCAAUGUCAUCGGACGGCUCCGUGUCGGCUCCGUGUCCCUCACUUAAGCCUCGCAAUCGUCGUCAGAAGACGCCGCUAGUGGCAGCAGCGACGCCGUGGAAAUAUUGA